AUGGAGGGAAUCACAUUCAAGGUUGAGCCGAUACGCCGGAUGGGGGAGGAUGUAUCUACAAUGCGCGCACGGCUCCUAUAUCAAUCCCGAAAACGCGGAACUCUUGAAUCCGACCUCCUUCUAUCUACAUUCGCCGCUUCCAAUCUGUCCUCCAUGACGAAAGCUCAAUUAGAGGAAUACGACCGCUUCCUGGAUGAAAACGACUGGGACAUAUAUUACUGGGCCACACAGGAGCCUCCGACGCCAGGCACGGAAUCCGAGACCUCAGCCACUACUGGUGCAACGCCGAAGGACACUGUCACUGAUACCUGGAAGAGCGGAGCUGCUAAGAGUGGGGAGUGGGCGCAGACUGUAGGUGCAUUCAAGCCGGCAUAUAGGCCGGUGCCGGAUCGAUGGGCGGAUAGUGAGACCUUGAGAUUGCUAAGGCAACAUGUCAAGGAUAGAAGCGCAGGCGGAGAAAAUAGCAGCGAGAAGGGUGGAAAGGCAACUGGACUGGGAAGAAUGCCCAAUAUCGAAGUCUUUUACUCAUAG